AUGACGGUCACUUACACUGCCGAAGUCGCCACCUGCAGAGGUCUCGGUUGCUUUCUAAAAUUACUCCUAAGAUGGCGAGCAAGCAUAUACAAGCUCGUUUGGCUAGACUUGGCCCUCUUCCUCUUCAUAUACUAUUCGUUGUCGUGCAUGUACCGGCUGAUACUCGACGAUGACCAAAAGAAGAUCUUCGAAGCUGUAGUGGCGUACUGCAACGAAUACAGCGACCUGAUACCGUUGUCAUUCGUCCUUGGUUUCUACGUUAGCAUCGUUAUGACCAGAUGGUGGAAUCAAUACAUGGUGAUACCGUGGCCAGACUCGAUCGCGGUUUUCGUGUCGGCCACUAUACACGGGAACGACGAGAGGGGUCGAUUGAUGCGUCGAACCAUCGUCAGAUACGUGUGCGUCUGUUUAACGCUGGUUCUGACGAUGGUCUCGCCCCGCGUGAAGAAACGAUUCCCCACGUUGGAGCACCUUGUGGACACCGGUCUGCUGAUGGAGAACGAACUCGUGAUAUUCCAGAGCUUGAACGCGAAGUUUCCCAAGCCGAGCAAACACUGGCUGCCGAUCGUAUGGGCGUCGAGUAUCGUGACUCGAGCCAGGAAGGAGGGUCGGAUUCGUGACGAUUUUGCCGUGAAGACGCUGAUAGACGAGCUGAACAAGUUUCGCGGUCUCUGCGGUAGUCUCAUGCACUACGAUACUAUCAGCGUUCCUUUAGUCUACACUCAGGUAGUAACGUUGGCUGUGUACACGUACUUUUUGACUAGCGUGAUGGGUCGACAGUGGGUACAGAAUUCGUCCACGUCGACGAUCGAUCUCUACUUCCCAGUAUUCACGACGCUCAAGGUCGCCGAGACUCUGAUCAACCCAUUCGGCGAGGAUGAUGACGACUUCGAAGUUAACUGGAUAAUCGACAGAAACCUACAAGUGAGCUACCUCAUCGUCGACGAGAUGCAUCACGAGCAUCCAGAAUUGAUCCGCGAUCAGUAUUGGGACGAAAUCUUCCCCACGGAACUUCCGUACACGGCCGCGUCUCAGGCAUUCCGCGAGGAACAUCCAAUGCCGUCCACGGCCGGAAUUCAAUUAUCCGCCGCGCAACAAGAACUCCAACCGUCCUCGGUCAGGAUCGACGAAAUGGCGGCAGAUUAUCAGCAGAAGUACCGCUCGGACAUAGCCGACGACGCCGCGUCUGGCAUACACUUCACGGCGACGGGAAAAAUGUCAAGAAGCGCCAGUCGAGUGAGCAAUCGAGAUCGCACAUUGAGCGGAGGCUCGACUCCCAGCAACCUGGGGGGUUCUCUAACGAGAGUCAACAGUGUAACUAGUGUGUUGAAACGGUUGUUCAGCAAAGAGGAUAGGCCGGACGGCAGCAUGACGAGCGGUACCAAAACACCGGGGAGGAUUGCUUCGUCCAGUUCCGCCUCUUCUUUGCAGAACCGGGCAGUCGUCGGCGGUGGAUCGAUGAGGAUAGGGGUCAUCAAAGAGGAGGCGGACGAGCAGAUGACCCUGACAUCGAUGAAAUCGGACAAGAGACCGCACGUGCAGAGCAUAUUCUCGCCAGGACCACCGCCUCCGAGUGCUCCGGUCGCUGUACCCGGUUCUGAUUACUCAAGGAACGGGGAACUUUUCUCGUACAGCGCACCAGUGACCGGUCUACCCUUGCAGGGAAGUAAUGGCGAUGGUGCUGGUAAUGACAAUGAUAGGAGAUACGUGUCAGGAUCAAGGGUGGAUAGGACCACGGAAUCGGCGCGAUCCAGUGUCGCCUUCGAACCAGCCACCAGUUACAUCGGUAGCGAUAUUAUCGCGGACGACCUCAUCAGCACCGCUAGCUCUUCCUGCGCCAGCGGCAACUCCGACGACGAGUUCACGAAGUUGAAGUUGGAGAGGGAAAAGGAAAGGCGGGACAGGGCGGUUCGAAGAUUGGCCCGGAGCACCAGCGGUCACGGCAAUUUACUCAGCGGACAAUCGAAGAGUCCUUUAGACACUGAGCACCUUCUGUUAUCGGAGAUGGCGAACACUUCGCGAGUGUCCAUGGGGCCGUUGAAUCAGGACGAUAAGGUCAAGACCGAUCACCUUUAGCAGAGCUAUCCGUGGCUCUAUUUUGAAGUAUAGCUUUGAUCGCGGAAUGGAUUCGGAGGAAUUCGAUAUCCGACCGGUGUCCAGCGAUAUUUAUAUAG